GACGAAGUGGAAUGGGUUGCGGGCAUUUCUGUUCUCCGGUCUGUCAUCAGGACCGGGUUGUUGAUUCGAAAACAUGAGUAUGAGCAACUGCUGUUGACUCAUGAGGGCAGGUGGAAUUUGAUCAAGGACAAGCGUUGCGACCAUACAUGUUGGACUAGCAGGAUAAUAAGACUCACUGAUCAGAAUGUCAUCUAG